UUGCCGAGGGGUGCGGGGAGGACGCCGGGCCGUUCCCGCGCCAACGCCGCGCCCGCAGGCCAGGGGCGAGGGCCGAGGACAGCUGCGGGGACCCACGGAAGGCGGAGGGGCCCCUUGAAUGGAGGCUGCGGGCUUCGCGGGCAGCCACCAUGUUCAACCAGCAGCAGCAGUUCCAGCAGCAGCAGCUUCAGCAGCUGCAGCAGCAGCAGCUGCAACAGCAGCAGCUUCAGCAGCAGCAGCUGCAACAGCAGCAGUUGCAGCAACAGCAAUUGCUGCAGCUCCAGCAGCUGCUCCAGCAGUCCCCACCGCAGGCCCCGCUGCCCAUGGCCGUCAGCCGGGGGCUCCCCCAGCAGCAGCUUCUGAAUCUCCAGGGCGUCAACUCGGCCUCCCUCCUCAGCGGCAAUGCGCUGCAGAGAGCUUUGUUUCUGCAGCAGUUGCAAGGACUGGACCAGUUUGCAAUGCCACCAGCCGCGUAUGAUGGUGCGGGUCUCACCAUGCCCCCAGCAACAUUGGGUAACCUCCGUGGCUACAACCUGGCAACCCCGACCCUCACCACCCCCAGCCUCACACCCCCCCAGCUGACCACCCCACAUCUACAACAGUUCUUUCCCCAGGCCACUCGGCAGUCUCUACUGGGACCCCCUCCUGUCAGUGUCCCCAUAAACCCCACCCAGAUCAACCUUUCAGGGAGGACCCCCCAGAAACAAGCCAGGAUCCCCGCCUCUACCACCCCAAAACGCAAGGAUUCUUCUUCUCAGACGGUGUCUGAAGACCAGUCAGACCCCCCAGAGGGGUCUGAAGAAGCUACAGAGUCCCGAACGGAUGCCCCAGACCAAGAUUCCCAGCUCUGCCCAGAUGGCUUCUCUAAGGACAGAUGCACGCCUGCCCCCGAGCCUGAGUCCUGUGAGGCCUCUGAGCCCCCGGCUAAGAAAUCGAAGAGCUCCGAGGAGCCCGCAGAGAAGGGGCCCCUCAGGCAGCUGCAGGCAGAGGUGCAGCCGCAGCCUCAGGCCCGGAUGACGGUGCCAAAGCAGACACAGACGCCCGAGCUGCUGCCUGAGCCCCCGGACGCCCCAGUGCUGCCGCCACUCCCGCCGCAGACCCCGCAGACCCAGGCCCGGGUGCAGGCACAGGCCCCGCCACAGCCGGCGCCGGUGGACGCCCGCGCGCAGCCGCGGCUGCAGAAACAGGCGCAGACGCAGACCAGCCCGCCUCGGCCGCCGGAGGAGGCUGGGCCGCGGCCACAGGCGCACCCCCAGCCCCCGAGGCAGGCACAGCCCAGGCUGCAGAAGCAGGCACAGACCCAGACGUGCCCUCAGGCCCAGACACACGCACAGGCCCCGCCGCAGCCCCUGGAGCCGGCGCCCGCGCCGGUGCCCCUGAAGCCACCGGAGCAGACCCCGGAGCAGCCUCAGACCCAGGCGCAGGGGGUGGCGCCCGAGCCCGCGCCAGUCCCUCCCGCGGCGCCUGAGAGCCCACCUGGUGCAGGAGAGGCUGCAGGAGGCCGGGAGGAAGCCUCGCCGGAACCCGCAGGCGUGGAGAGCCAGGAGGAGCUGGCCGGUGGCCUGGAUGUGGGAGAAUGUGAAAAAAGAUCGAGGGAGAUGCUAGGGGUGUGGGGUGCCGGGGGCUCCCUGAAGGUCACCAUCUUGCAGAGCAGUGACAGCCGGGCCUUCAGCACCAUGCCCCUCACUCCCGGGCCCCGAGCUGGUGACGCUGCCUCUGCCACGCCCACUGCUGCCAGCACACCCUCCAAGCAGACUCUGCAGUUUUUCUGCUACAUCUGCAGAACCAGCUGCAGCAGCCAGCAGGAGUUCCAGGACCACAUGCUGGGGGCGCAGCACCAGCAGCGGGUGGGUGAGCUGCAGCACAUGAACCAAGCCUGCCUCCUGUCCCUGCUUCCCGUGCCCCGUGACGUCCUGGACAGGGAGGACGAGGAGCCUCCGCCCAGACGCUGGUGCAGCACCUGCCAGGUCUACUACGUGGGGGACCUGAUCCAGCACCGCAGGACGCAGGACCACAAGAUCGCCAAACAGUCCCUGCGACCUUUCUGCACCGCUUGUAACCGUUACUUCAAGACCCCCCGCAAGUUUGUGGAGCACGUGAAGUCCCAGGGGCACAAGGACAAAGCCAAGGAGCUGAAGAUGCUGGAGAAGGAGAUGGCCCGCCAAGACGAGGACCACUUCAUCACGGUGGACGCCGUGGGCUGCUUUGAGGGCGAUGAAGAAGAGGAGGACGACGACGACGACGACGAAGAAGAAAUCGAGGUGGAGGCGGAAUUCUGCAAACAGGUGAGGUCCAGAGACAUCUCCAUAGAGGAGUGGAAAGGCUCCGAGGCCUACAGCCCCGACACGGCCUAUGGCGUGGACUUCCUGGUGCCCGUGAUGGGCUAUGUCUGUCGCAUCUGCCACAAGUUCUACCACAGCAACUCGGGGGCACAGCUCUCCCACUGCAAAACCUUGGCCCACUUUGAGAACCUGCAGAAAUACAAGAAGGCCAAGAACCCCAGCCCCACCACCAGGCCCGUGAGCCGCCGCUGUGCCAUCAAUGCUCGGAACGCCCUGACCGCCCUGUUCACCUCUGGUGGCCGCCCCCCCAGCCAGCCCAGCACCCAGGACUCGGCCAGAGCCUCCAGCAAGGCCCCCUGAACAUGCAGUGCCUCUGCCCGGCUGCACCGUGUCCUCCUCCGCCUCCUUCCCUCCGCUCUCCCGCGCAUCCUUCAAGUCUCAGCAUGGAUGUCCACAGGCAACCGGCCUGUUCUUCCUAACCCCCUUGCCCUCCUCACACCUCCACGGCCCUCACUUCCGGAUUGGCUGCUGUGAUCACUGUGUGCUGGCCUGUCUCUCCACCCGAGUCUAGAGCGCCGUGGAGGUGGAAUGGUCUGUCUUCACUGCUUUUUCCCUGAUGUCCUCACUGUGACACAAUAAGCACUUGUUGAACGAGUGAAUGGACGAAUGAAUGGAACCUCUGACUUUCCGGCCCUCUGUGCUCAGCUGUCCCCCCCACCCAGAAUGCCUCAACCACUUCGAUCAUCCAAGGACCAGCUCAAAAAACCUCCUCUUCCAAGAAGCCUGCCUUGGUAGCCACCAGAAGAAACCAUCAUGCCCCCCGGCUGUCCUGCCUCUCAGUAACACAAGUGUCCCUUAGGACCCAAGGUCUGGGCCCGUGCCCACUGCAGGACCUGGCUCUGAGCCAGUCGGUGACUCAGACACACUCAGCGAGCAGCCGGCUAGCAUGGGACCAAAGGGGAAGCGGCUGGCCUGGAGGAGGGGCCUGGGAUUUGGGUGCAAGUGUCUGCAUUCUGCGGGAAGAGUACCCAUGCCCAGAAUUGGCACCCCACUAGAGGGCAGAGUCCUAGAAAGUCCCUGCUGGAUCUUGAAGUUGAACCUCCUUGUGGGACAGAUGGGGAAACAGAGUUCCAAGAAGGAAGGGGCCUGCUAAGGGUCAUCCAUCUGGUCGGACAAAGACAUGGGAAGCGGAGGGGCAUCUGGAUCUCAGUCCCAGCUCUGCUCCGUCUCAGCAAAUUCCUGCAUCUUUCUGGAAACAGUAUAUAAACUAGGCUGUGGGAAAGAAUCAAAUGUAUCAAGGACUCAGAGCCUGGCCACAAUAACUUAAUAGAUGGUCAUUGCAGUCAAGGUGUGUCAUGAGAGACAAACAGGAUGGAGGAGGCAGGCUGGGGUGUGUCCACACCACGGGGCCAGGCUUCCUCCAUGUCAAGGGCUCCUGCCCCGUUCUAGGCCUUUGCCUUCUGCCUGGGAACACCCUCCUCCCUCCCCUGCUGCCCUGAGUCUGCCGACACCCACGAGGUGGGACCCAGGGAGGGCCUCCCUGAUAACACCAUGGCUGCUGUACACCUUGUUCACCAGCAGAGUCCCGGCCAAGCCAGCCAGCUACUGCUGACCCACGGACCCUGGGGAAUGAGAGUGUAAAACUUGUGAUGGCUGCAGAGCCCUGUAAAUACCCAAAAACCCACUGAAUGUAAAUUCAAGUGUGCAAACUGUAUACUGUAUGAAGGCUAACUCAAGAAGACUGAAAUCCAAACAGAGUAGGCUCCAUACUUACCCGGGAUUUGCGAAAUCCUGUCCUCUAAGUUAAUAAACUGUUUUUAU